AUACAAAUGUCAACAUUGUAUGAAGAACUUUGGUCAAGUGUAAAGCCUUUCCGCUGUCACUUCAUGAAGUGGUGGGGGUUUGUGUCUACUUUGUAGUGGACAGGAGAUCUACGACAAAAACAAUGGCAGCAGAUAAUGGCGACAUGCCUAGUGAUGAUGACAUGAAUAGUUCAUCAUCAGAUGAAAUUGAACCAAGACUGAAGUAUGUGAGGAUGACUAAUGAUGUACUGAAAAUAUUAAAUAAGGAUGCUGCAAGUUGCAUGGCUGUUCAUCCAAAAUUUGUAUGCCUUGGCACCCAUUGGGGAACUGUUCAUCUUCUGGAUCAUCAAGGCAACAAUAUUAAAAGUAAAGCCUUGCGUUCACAUACAGUAUCAGUGAACCAGAUAAGCAUUGAUCAAAAUGGGGAUUUUGUUGCAAGCUGUUCAGAUGAUGGCAGGAUCUUUAUUAGUGGGCUCUGCUCAAGUGAGCAUAAUCAAGAGGUAGUGAUUGGAAGACUGGUCAGAUGUGUAGCAAUUGAUCCAUAUUAUUCUAAACCAGGCUCAGGACGAAGGUUUAUUACUGGUGAUGAACGAUUAGUAUUUCAUGAAAAAACAUUCCUGUCUCGUAUCAGGACAACAGUCUUGUAUGAAGCUGAAGGAACAGUGCAAAAUAUAAAGUGGAAUGGCCAGUUUGUUGCCUGGGCUAGUAAUAUAGGGGUUAGAGUGUAUGACAUGUAUGGACAAUGUUCACUUGGCUUGAUUAAGUGGACAAGGAACCCAGAAGCACUGCCAGAAUGUUAUCGCUGUAAUCUGUGUUGGAAGACUGCAACUACACUUCUGGUUGGAUGGGUUGACACAGUGCGUGUAUGUAUCAUCAGGAAAAGAACUCCUAUAGAAAUGGUUGCAGGAGACUUUCCAGAAUUUGUUGUUGAACCAGUGUCAACUUUCACUACAGAAUUUUACAUAUGUGGAAUUGGACCAUUAAACAGUAAUUUGGUGUUACUGGGAUAUUCAAAAGAGCCAGAUUCUAAAGGCAAAGCACAACGGCCACAAUUAUAUGUAGUGGAACCAGGAACUGAUGAUUAUACUGAAAUAUGUACAGAUAGCCUUUCAAUGAGAGGUUACCAGGAGUACAAAUGCAAUGAGUAUCAUCUGGAAUGUCUUAUUGAAGAGAAUCGCUUCUUUAUUGUCAGCCCCAAAGAUAUUGUUGUGGCAAGCCCUUAUGAUGCAGAUGAUCGCAUUCAGUGGCUCAUUGAACAUGGAAAGUAUGAGGCUGCAAUGGAGGCUGUUAUCCAGUUUGAAGGACGUGAUCUCAAAAAGCAUGAUUUGUUGAAUGUUGGGAGAGCGUAUCUUGAUCACCUGCUGUCAGUUCAAAGAUAUCAAGAAGCAGCAGAGCUUUGUGUUAAAAUACUCGGGAGAGACAAGAGGCUCUGGGAAGAAGAAGUGUUUAAAUUUGUUCGGCUGCAUCAACUAAGAGCUGUGAGCCCAUACUUGCCGAGAGGAGAACCUUCUCUGGACCCUCACAUAUAUGAAAUGGUUUUGUACGAGUACUUGAAAAUGGACCCAAAGGGCUUUCUGAAAACAGUGAAGGAAUGGUCACCAACACUUUACAAUGUUCCUGCUGUUGUGAAUGCUGUACUGGAACAUCUGCUGGUAAAUGAUACAGACAAGACACUACUGUUGGAAGCGUUGGCCAUCUUAUAUUCCCAUGAGCACAAACACGAUAAGGCUCUCGCUAUGUACCUUAAGCUGCAUCAUAAGGAUGCCUUCCAGUUGAUCCAGGAACACAAUCUGUACAGUUCAAUCUAUGACACAAUAGAAGAAUUGAUGGAUCUAGACUCUGAACAGGCUAUUAAUAUGUUUUUGGAGAAAGAUAGAGUUCCUGUUGAUGUUGUUGUAAAGGCCUUGGAGAACAACCACCGUUAUCUGUAUUUGUAUUUGGAUGCUCUCGAUAAAAGAGAUACAAAAGAAGUAAGUCGGAAGUACCAUGGCUUGCUUGUCAGAUUAUAUGCAGAUUUUGCUAGAGAGAAACUUCUUCCUUUCCUUCGACGUAGUGACCAGUACCCUAUUGUGGAAUCUCUUCAGGUUUGUGAAGAAAGGUCCUUCUAUCCCGAGCUCGUUUUCAUCCUAGGACGAAUUGGAAGACCUAAACAGGCUCUUAACAUAAUUAUGCAACAGCUGAAUGAUAUAGAUCGUGCAAUUAAUUUCUGUAAAGAACACAAUGACAAUGAACUAUGGGAAGAUUUGAUCCAGUAUUCUCUUGAAAAACCAGAAUUCAUUACAUUCCUCCUACAGAAAAUUGGAACUUACAUUGAUCCAAGAAAACUGGUACAGAGAAUUAAAACUGGGAUGGAAAUACCUGGUCUGAAAAACUCUCUUGUUAAAAUGAUGAAAGACUAUAACUUACAGGUAUCUGUACAGGAGGGAUGUAAGAAAAUAAUAGUUUCAGAUUACUUCAGUCUCCACAAGAAACUGGUCAGGAGUCAGGACAAAGGCAUCAGUGUAGAUGAUGAACAGGUGUGUGGUGCUUGUCAUGGAAAAAUUAUUGUCAGAGAUAUAAGUCAUGCAACUAACAUCAUUGCGUUCUUCUGCAAACAUCUUUUCCAUGAAGAGUGCUUGCCCACAUUAGAUUCUGUGCCAAACAUCUUGCAGAGCUACUGAAGCAGGAGAACACAGCCAUGGUGGAUAAACUGAAGAAAACCAGAAGAGAAGUUCCUCCAUCAGCGAAAUCUACUGCCAGAUAUUUGUACAGUACUACUCGUAUUUUAUACAAAUCUGGUGUCACAACAAUUACUUCCUCUUAAGGGAAGACUGAGAAGACUGUUGUUCUAUUGAUCACAGUGCACCAGUCAGUUGCAGUAGACGAAAAAACACAGAAGAAACACCCUGAAACUGUCAACUUCUACAAUUCUCUUACUUUGGAGUUGAUAUUCUGGACCAGAUGUCUCGCCUGUACACUGUCAAGUUGGCUGCCGCCGGUGGCCUAUGCACGUGUUUUUCAACAUCAUACACCUUGCUGGAAUCAAUAUUUGGAUCCUUUACACAGAGAUAAUAUUAGAAAAAGUUAGCUGGUGAAUGUUCCUUUUCAAAUUAGCAGAACAACUCUCCUCUGUGUAUAAAUUUGUGUCCAUAUAUCUUUAUUUUUGUAUCAAAUAUAUGUUUA